CAGCUCUGGAGUAUAAUACAGGAUGUAACUCUGUACCAGUGAUGUAUGUACACAGUGACGGCACCAGGGGGACACCAGUACAGGAUUGAGGACACGUACACUCCCAUCAGACAUAGUAGUCAUAGGCAGAAGAGCACACUCUCAGCACCCGCAGGAAUAUGAGCCACGAAUCAGACUUCAGCUUUCGUGCAUUCAGCACAGGAUACAAAAUGAAAGCCGUGCCCUGAUUGGCUGCUGUUACUUCCAUCUGCCUGCAGGGCUUCCACAUUGGAUUGGACGCCAUUUAAUUAUGCCGGGCACAAUGCCCUCAUUUCCAGUCACGUGACGCGUGUGACCCGGAAGUACUAAGCACCGGCAGCCUGAGCAUCGCCUCCCUCAGCGGAGAACGGGACAGCUUCGGGGCUGAGGUGGAGUCAUGCUCUCACAGCUUUUCAUCUUGUCCUCCAAGGGCGACCUCCUGAUAUACAAGGACUAUCAUGGCCUCCCCACAAGCUCCAGUGCGGCUGACGGCCUGUACCUGAAGCUGUCGUCUCUUCCAUCAGACCAGGCCCCCGUGGUGACGGAACACGAGGGCGGCCACUUCCUCCACACCCGUCACCGAGGUCUAUAUUUUGUCAUAGGCGUUCGGCCGGAUGAUUCUCCGUUCAUGUAUCUGGAUCUUCUGAACCGACUGGCUGCCCUGAUCCGUGACUACUGUGGUGACCUCAGCGAGGACGUCAUACGACUCAACUUUGCUUUGAUCUACGAGCUGCUGGACGAAGUUCUGGACGAUGGAUUCAUCCAAACCACCUCCACAGACGUGCUGAAGAACUUCAUCCAAUCAGAUCCAGUCAUCACCAAACCAUUUAGUCUCCUGGACCUGAGCAGUGUAGGGCUGUUCGGAGCAGAGACCCAGCAGAGUAAGGUCGCACCAAGUUCUGCUGCCAGUCGGCCGGUGCUGUCCUCGCGUCAUCCACAAGGCGAUCAAAACGAGAUCUUCCUGGAUGUCAUAGAACGCAUGACUGUGGCUAUCGGAGCUAAUGGGUCACUGUUAAAAACGGACGUCCAGGGGGAAUUACGACUUAAAAGCUUCUACCAAAACUGUCCAGAGCUAAGAAUUGGACUGAGUGAAGAGUUCUGUGUCGGGAGCUCAGAGCUGAGAGGUUAUGGCUCCGCUGUGCGGGUGGACAGCUGUCAGUUCCAUGAGUCGGUAAAACUGGAUGAUUUUGAAAUCUGCCGCAUCCUGAAAGUGCUCCCUCCACAGGGUGAGCUCACAGUGAUGCAGUACCAGAUCUCCGAUAGUCUCUCCACCAGCCUGCCCUUCCAUCUGUUCCCCAGCCUGGAGAGAGACCCCGGCAGCAGUCGCCUCCGGAUUUACUUGAAACUGCGUUGCGACUUAAGCCCAAAGAGCCAGGCCAUUAAUGUUCGUGUCCAGAUACCUGUGCCAAAGGGAGCCACCAGUGUUUCUCAGGAUUUGAGCAGUCCUGAUCAGAGUGCAGAACUGACACUGAACACGCAGUCUAUAUCCUGGAAUAUCCCAAGGAUCCGUGGAGGGAGCCAGCUAUCUGCACUGUUCAAGGUGGAUGUGUCGGGAUGCCUCUCCCUUCCCUCUGUUCUGGAUCUACCUCCCCUGAACCUCUCCUUCCAGAUACCAUCCCUCACCUGCUCCGGGCUUCAGAUUAGAUUUCUCAGGCUACGCAGUGAACGCCCGGCACCAAUCCACACAUGGGUCAGAUAUCUCACCCAGAGUGACUCGUACAGUGUCCGGCUUGGCUAGUUAUAGUGAUAUAGAGACUGUGAUAUUCAGGAGCUGCUGGGAGAGAAGACAAUGUAGACUAAGAAUAAAAACUGGUGAAGACAAAACAGGAGCAGAUGCUCCUAGUGACUGAUUACAUCACUGCUUUCAUUUGCACUGGAAACAUGGUAGUUUUUUGUUUUUGUUUAAAAAAAAUAAAAAAUCAGAAGAGAGCCAAACAUACUG